CAUAUAUCUCACAUGAAUUAAAAGUUCUUAUAUCUAAAGAGUACUGUGAUAGGGCCUCUUUUAUCUAUUCAAGAACAUUGGGACUUACUUAGCUAUUUCUGGUGUGGGGCACUCUUCUUUGUACUGCUAUUUCAGAACUUGCUUCUCUAUUUAUGAGAUAGACACUGUGAGUAAAUAUGAUGAUAUAUCAGGUGUGACAGAUAAGUAUAACAAGUGAACAUGCAUGGAGGAUAUGAGUAAAGGUUAGUCUUUUUUGUUCUUUUUUUCUUUGAAUGGUUUUCAGUUUUCAGUGAGGGUAAUGGAGUAUCCUAAACAUCCUGGAGGAACAGAAGAAUGCAACAGCAAUGAGUCUGGUUGGACGAUGUAUAUCGGUUCACCUUACUGUGAGUAUAAUCAAAUAGAUGAUGAUGAUGAUGAAGGAACUCCAAUGAAGGGUGAUGAUCAUGUUGAAGAUGGUGGUAGCGAUGAUUCCAUGACUUCGGAUGCUUCAUCUGGUCCAAGUCAUCAAGGAGUAGUACUAUGCACAAACAUGGAGCAAAUUUAUGGAAAGCAUGUGGAAAAAGAUAUCAGGAAGUUCUCAAGCAAGGAACAACUACAGCAACAAAAACAGGCAAAGAAGAAAUUGUCUGAUAAGAAUACAAAAGCAGCAAAAGAAGAUUCAGGACAUAAAGCAAAGAGUGGCAAAGGUUAUGGUUAUUGCAGAUCAACAACAAGGGGAAAACAUGUGAGUUAAGAGCCAAAACCGAGACGCCACAAUCACUGUAAAUCCUUCUGCUUUGAUUCCCAUUUCUGAUAUUUCACCUUUGUUAUUAGAGAUCCUGUAUAAGAUUAGGCAAACCUAUUCAGCACAUGAACAACAAAUGUAAUACAUUAUAUAUCCUAUAAUGUCAAGAUUUAAGAGUCUGUCAUUCCUGAUGUAAAUUUUCACAUAUCUUCAAAUGUCAAGUUUUCAUCUCUUUCUUUUCGA